UGUCUUGGUAAAGACAAACUUUAACUUGAAUCGUGUUUAUAGUGAUGGUUUAAAUUGCAAUCUUUAUUAAAUUGUUAAUCCUUUCGCUAGUUCAUCUUUAUUUUCUUUGAAUACAUUUUUACUUUCAGCUAAUGCUAGUGUCUUUUUUAUUAUGUGGAAAGAUUGUAUAUUGAUUCUUUUUAUAUCUAUCUUCACUGCACUCCUUGGUGAAGCUCUUACAUGGCUCAUGGUGUAUAGAACUGAUAAGUUCAAGAAAUUGAAAGCAGAAGUGGAAAGACAAUGUAAAAGAUUAGAAAAGAAAAAAGAAGUCAUCGGAGAACCCACCGAUAAACAACAGAAGAAAAAAUUGGAACGUGAAGAGGAAAAACUCAAGAACCACAACCGAGAUCUUUCAUUAGUUAAAAUGAAAUCAAUGUUUGCUAUUGGUUUAGCCUUCACUGCUCUUUUAAGCAUGUUUAAUUCGAUUUUCGAUGGACGUAUAGUCGCUAAAUUGCCGUUUGUACCAAUCUCAUUGGUGCAGGGACUAUCUCACCGAAAUAUUUCGGGCAAUGAUUAUACUGAUUGUUCUUUCAUCUUUUUGUACAUCUUAUGUACUAUGUCCAUUAGACAAAAUAUUCAAAAGAUUUUAGGAUUUGCUCCAUCCAGAGCAGCAAGCAAACAAACAGCUAAUAUUUUUGGUCCUGUUAAUACAACUCGUUGAUUUGGAGGAAAAAAAACAAAGUAGAUAUGCAACCAAUUGCUAUAAAUUAUAUAUAAUAAAUUAUUUACACUUUUUGAACAA